AUGGAGCAGCUGGUAGGAGUUCACCAUCACAACCACUCGCUCUCCCCUCGGGCUCCUCGCACCCCGACCCGCCCGCUGCCGCAGCCGCAGCCGCACCCACUCCUCCACCAUCUCCCGUCCAACAGGUUCCAGGAUCUCCACUCCCAGAUUCACAAUCACAUUCACCUCGUGGUCCCCGCGGCCAGCAGGGUGCUCCGCGCCACCCCGCCCUUCUUCCUCAUCCUCCUCGCCUCCGUCUACCUGCUCGCCUCCGUCACCAUCUUCUCCGCCCCCACGCCGCUGCUCCGCCUCCGAUUGUCCUCUCCGAGGCCGCUGAUCCUCCCGAAGCUCGUGUCGCAUCCGCUUGCGCCGGAGCUCUUUGAUCUAGACGACGGGAGUAUCCGGGUCCGCCUCGCCAAUGUCGGCGCCGCCAUCACCUCGUUCCUCAUACCGGACAAGAAUGGGGUUCUCGCUGAUGUGGUGCUCAGAUUCGACUCACUGGAUCCGUACCUGGUGAGUUAUUGA